AUGAAAGACUUGGGAAAUCUAAAAUACUUUCUUGGCAUUGAAGUUUUACGAUCGAAGAGGGGAAUUUUCAUUAGCCAAAGAAAAUACAUCCCAGAUCUCUUGGCAGAAACCGGCAUGCUUGAUUGUAAACCUGCAGAUACACCCAUUGCAACAAACCAUGGGUUACAGAUAAUUGAAGGAGAAAGGUCUACAUAUCAUGACCGUUACAGGAGAUUGGUAGGAAAACUCAUUUAUCUCUCACAUACUAGGCCGGAUAUCGCAUAUGCAGUAGGUGUAGUCAGCAGAUUUAUGCACAAACCACAAAUCCAUCAUAUGACUGUUGUUAUGGGAAUACUGAGAUAUCUGAAGAAAACCAACAGCAGGGGCCUUCUGUUUCGAAAGAAUGAUAAUUUGGAUCUCCUAGCUUAUACAGAUGCAGAUUGGGCUGGUGAUAGAGACGGCAAAAAAUCAACUUUAGGAUACUUUACCCUAGUUGGAGGAAAUCUAAUCACUUGA